AUGGCAGAAGUACCUCGUGUUGAUUCCAGAUAUCAACCCACAGACUCGGAACUACUACAGUGUCUGCUAUGCAAAGCACAUGGAAAGCCGUUUCCGGCCGUUGAUCUUGUUAGGGAACGUGAUCUUUACAGCGGUGUUGAACCCGUGGGAUUAUUCCGAGAAACAGACAAUAAUGUCCUGUAUUUCUUCACCAAGUUGGAGAAAAAGAAGAAGAAUAAGGGUCAUGCAGGGAAGGGUAUAUGGAAAGGUGUAACUAAAACAGAAGUUUAUAGUGUUAAUGGAAAGUGCAGAGGAUACAAGAAAAGUUAUGUUUAUGAGACGGUGGAAAAUGGUAAAAUUGGAUACAAUAUGGAUGAGUACAGCUUGGAUUCCUCCUCUUUACUUCAUGCAAAAUUCAAGGACAACGUCCUCUGCCGAAUCGAGCAAAAAUAUCAGAAACAUGGGAAAAAUCGCAAUCUAGAGGACUUGAAUGGAGAAAUUCGAGAUAUCCAGAAGCACACUUUCUCCAGGCCGCCUCGUGCUGGAGGAUCAGAUUCAUCGGUCUCAAUCUUGGCGCGUGCAUUUACUGAUCAACAAGUAGAAGUUGUACUUGGAUUACCGGCUCAGAUUUCACAACAAGAACUGCCGAAAUUCCAGCAGACAAGUACUGGUGAAUACUCGCUGCAAAACAUGGACUGUGAUGGCUCAAAUUACGCUGAGUUUGCUGAAAUUUUUGCACGGGAUUUGAAGACACAAAACCCACAAGAACUGAAGGAUGAAGAAGUCUUGCAGCCUAAUCCAUGGGCUGUUCAAAUGGUGGGCUGGCUUUAUCAGUAG